CAUACAUGGGGUCUCGCGGUUGGGGCAUCAGUGUCCCUGCGUCCUCCCAGGACACCGGUGGGCGGGGGACAGACCCAGCCAGCCCACAGCGGCUCCAGGUUGUCCUGUGGCUGCUCGCCCUCUGUGGGGUCUCGGCCAAGAUGGCCUGGGCUGCAAGGUGCCAAGAGGUAGUGUGAGUGGGUGCUCCGGGAGCCCCGGCUCUGCUGGAAGACCACCCUCUAGCCUGGUCCCCAUCAGAGCCUGGUGCUGGAGCCCCUGGGGCACCUGCCCCCCAACCCCCCAUCCCGGAGCAGUUGAUAGUCUGGGUUGUCACUCCCCGGCCUGGCUCCCACUCCCGCCUGCAGGGGGGAGACCUUGCCAAGGACAGUUGUUGGACCUGUUGGUCACAGGCUGCACUCUAUCGUGGGCGAGAAGAUGGGGGGGGCAGGCUGGGACAGAAGAAGCUUUGAGAAGCCUCCCUGCCUGCCCAGGCGCACGGUGGGGCGCCAGACAUCAGCCCCCAAGGUCACCCCCCAGGAGAUAGGGGCUGUGCUGCCGCACAAACAUUCCGGUCUCAUCCACAUAAGCCCGGGCGGCCGGCUCUUCACAGCAGCUAGGAUGCCGGGCGUGCGGCUCCCUGCGCUGGCCCUGGUGCUGGCGGUGACCGGGCCUCUGCUGACGGCCGGGGACCCUGGGGUCCCCAGCACCCCGGGCCUGCCUGAAGAGCCAGCCACAAGCACCGGGGGUCUCAUCUUCCACCCAGACUGGGACUGGCUGCCCCGCGCUCCACGAGACCCCUUGUGCCUGGUGACGCUGGGCAGGGGUGGGAACCAGAGCGGCUCUCCGCUUCCGCUGGUGGGGGCGCUGAGAGGCUAUGAGCACGCCUUCCUCGAGGCUGUGCAGCGGGCGCGCUGGGGUCCCCGCAGCCUGGCCACCUUCGGAGUCUGUGCCCCCGGGGACGGACACGCUGCCCUAUUCCCUCUGCGGCAGCUGCAGGCGUGGCUGGGGGAGCCCGGGGGGCGGCGGCUGGUGGUGCUGCACCUAGAGGAAGUGACAUGGGAGCCAGCACCGUCACUGAAGUUCCAGGAGCCCCCUGCUGGAGGAGACAGAUCCCUGGAGCUGGCGGUGCUGGUGCUGUACCCUGGGCCUGGCCCCGAGGUCACCGUCACUGGGGCCGGGCUGCCAGGCGCCCAGAACCUAUGCCAGUCCCGGGACACCCGCUACCUGGUUCUGGCGGUGGACCACCCAGCAGGGGCCUGGCGCAGCCCUGGGCUCACCCUGACCCUGCAACUCCGAAGAGACGGCGCGCCCCUGGGCACCGCCCAGCUGCAGGAGCUGCUGUUCGGCCCUGACCCCCGCUGCUUCACGCGCCGGACCCCGGCGCUGCUCCUGCUCGCAGGGUCCGGGGCGGCCGACGGGCCGUGCGCGCUGCGCGAGCUGAGCGUGGACCUGCGCGCCGAGCGCUCCGUGCUCAUCCCGGAGACGUACCAGGCCAACAACUGCCAGGGCUCGUGCGGGUGGCCGCAGUCCGACCGCAACCCGCACUACGGCAACCACGUGGUGCUGCUGCUCAAGAUGCAGGCCCGCGGCGCCGCCCUGGCGCGCCCGCCCUGCUGCGUGCCCACGGCCUACGCGGGCAAGCUCCUCAUCAGCCUGUCGGAGGAGCGCAUCAGCGCGCACCAUGUGCCCAACAUGGUGGCCACCGAGUGCGGCUGCCGGUGACCCCCGCACCGUGACCACCCCCAGUGGCGUCUCCGCCCAUAUUUAUUCGGACCCCAAUCAUCGCCCUAGUAAAGACCAGCAAACACUG